ACAUGCCCCCGCCCCCUCUCCUCUCCUCGAUCUCUCGCUGUCCUCCCCCUCCUUCAACAGCAGCAGCAGCAGCAGCAGCACCGCUGACACUUUCGGACCCGACACGCACCCAACAUGUUCCGAACUCUGGACGCUGCGCUCGUCGUGUUGCUGGCCGCCUCUCUGCGGCGCACGUCGGGCGGCUACGCCGGCGGCGCGGGCUCAGCUCUCUCCUCGGCUCAAAGCUCGCCGCCGGACCCGUGCUACGACGAGCACGGCACCCCGCGUCGUUGCAUCCCGGACUUUGUCAACUCGGCGUUCGGCAAGGAGGUGAAGGUGUCCAGCACCUGCGGCCACCGGAGCGCGAGCCGCUACUGCAUGCUCAGCGCGGCGGACAAGGCGGACGAGAGGAGCCGCAGCUGCCACACGUGCGAUGCGGCCGACCCCAAGCGGAACCGGCCCCCGGCCUACCUCACCGACCUCAACAACCCGCACAACCUGACGUGCUGGCAGUCGGAGAACUUCGUCCAGUACCCGCAGAACGUCACGCUCACGCUCUCCCUGGGCAAGAAGUUUGAGGUGACCUAUGUCAGCCUCCAGUUCUGCUCGCCGAGACCCGAGUCCAUGGUGAUCUCCAAGUCCAUGGACUACGGCAAGACCUGGGUGCCCUUCCAGUACUACUCGAGCCAGUGCCGGAAGAUGUACAACAAGCCCAACCGGGCCGCUAUCACCAAGCAGAACGAGCAGGAAGCCAUCUGCACCGACUCGCACACGGACAUGUUCCCGCUGAGCGGAGGUCUGAUCGCUUUCAGUACGCUGGACGGGAGACCCUCGGCCCACGACUUUGACAACUCGCCCGUGUUGCAGGAUUGGGUGACGGCCACCGACAUCCGCGUCACUUUUAGCCGACUGCACACCUUCGGCGACGAGAACGAGGACGACUCGGAGCUGGCGCGGGACUCGUACUUCUAUGCCGUGUCCGACCUGCAGGUGGGCGGCCGCUGCAAGUGCAAUGGACACGCGUCGCGCUGCGUCAAGGACCGCGAGGGCGAGAUGGUGUGCGAGUGCAAGCACAACGCGGCCGGACCGGAGUGUGACAGGUGCAAGCCCUUCCACUACGACCGGCCGUGGCAGAGGGCGACCGCACGGGAAGCCAACGAGUGCGUCGCCUGUAACUGCAACCUGCACGCCCGCCGCUGCCGCUUCAACAUGGAGCUGUACAAGCUGUCGGGGAGGAAGAGCGGAGGCGUGUGCCUCAACUGCCGCCACAACACGGCCGGACGCCAUUGCCACUAUUGCAAGGAGGGCUACUACCGGGACAUGUCCAAACCUAUCUCGCACAGGAAAGCCUGCAAGGCAUGCGAUUGCCAUCCCGUGGGUGCGGCUGGCAAAACCUGUAACCAAACCACAGGACAAUGUCCCUGUAAAGACGGCGUGACCGGUAUCACGUGCAACCGCUGCGCUAAAGGUUACCAGCAGAGCCGCUCGCCCAUUGCCCCGUGCAUAAAGAUUCCAGUUACACCGCCUACGACACCAGCCAGCAGUACAGAAGAGCCCUCAGACUGUGACUCUUACUGCAAAGCAUCAAAAGGCAAACUGAAAAUCAACAUGAAGAAGUAUUGCAAGAAGGAUUACGCUGUCCAGGUCCACAUUCUGAAGGCGGACAAGGCCGGCGAGUGGUGGAAAUUCACCGUCAACGUCAUUUCCGUCUACAAGCAAGGCGAGAGUCGGAUUCGUCGCGGGGACCAGUUCUUGUGGGUCCGCGCCAAAGACGUGGCCUGCAAGUGUCCCAAGAUCAAGCCCGGCAAGAAAUAUCUGCUGCUGGGCAACGACGAGGACUCCCCCGGCCAGAGCGGCGGCGUGGUGGCGGACAAAGGCAGCCUGGUUAUCCAGUGGAGGGACACGUGGGCACGCAGGCUGCGGAAGUUCCAACAGCGGGAGAAGAAAGGAAAGUGCAAGAAGCCGUAAAUGGGGAAAAGACGCAGGAGGAGAGAAAAGCUCCAGAAGAAAAAAAAAAAAAAAAAGAAAGACAAGAGACUACAGCCGAAAGAGACUGUUGACGUCGCUGCUUUUUUGGUUUUCCUUUGUUUUGUAGCGUUAAAAAAAAAGAAACAUUUAGGAAUUCUACUCUAGUGAAUUUUGGUUGAAGGAGUUGACCUUACAGAUUUGGUUUGACCCUUUCUUUAACUUUGACACCCGUCCGUCUCUUGUGGAUUUGCCCAUUUUGCACCAAGUCAAGUUGAUAUUUGUGCGCCUACCUGUUGGUUUUAUAUUCAGUAAAAAAAAACAAAAAAACAUCCUCUUUAUGGGAAUAUUUUUGGAUUUGCUUCAUAAGAUCAAACUCAGAAAACAAUGUUUUCAAUCAGCCAAAUUGUUUCAGGUCAACAGAAAUAAUUUAGAUUAAAAUCUUGAAGACAAAACAUGGUUGUGCUUUAAGUUAGAAUGGAUUUAUUUUUCCCCGCCAUUCUUUUUUCAGUAAAGAGAAAAGAAAAAAAUCUUACCUUGCUGUCAGUUUCAGAUGAAAAUGAAAUGUAUUUUCUUUUUUCCAUUUCCAGGCUGAAAGAUUGAUUCUGAACAAUGUUCCGUGUCAUCAGUUGUGAAUUUGGUCAAAUUGUCCCAAUAAAUUGGGCUCCUGUGGAAAGUGGAUAAAUUGGGUAACAUUGGGUACAUAUUAAUAUCACAAUAUUAAAACAGAAUUUUGUGAUUUCUCCUUCCAGAAAUAUGGAAAAAGGAAAGCAGUAUUCUUUCACUUAAGAAUUUUAUAGGUCAUUACUGAUCAUUACCUAAUUAUUUAGGUUGCAUUUCAACGUUCAGAAAGCUACAUAUUUAUUUCAGUUCAAUCAAUGUAAAAAAAUGUCAUUAAUUGUUAAAAAAAAAUUGUCAAAGAAAAAAAAUAUUUCUAUUCAUUGAUCAAAAGUCACCAUGUGGAUUUGCUUCAUUUAGUUCACGUCCAAGGGGCAAAAUUGUGUCGCUCUCAAAACAUUUAUUUAAUUGCAUUGCCAGUUGGAUGUAGCCACCAUCCGAUGGAUAUUCCUCCCCAUAAUUAAUUUGUAACCAUACGAGCACACGUAGAAUUUUUGAAAUAGUGAACAAGUAUUCACGGUAUAAGAUUAUUUCUUCGUGGUUUGAAAUAGUCCAGAAAUUAGCUAUGCUUUGAUUUCUCAGAAAGCCAGUAAUUUGAUCCAAAUGUUUAUUUUGGGUCUCAGAUAUACAAUUAAAAGAGUAAAACAAACAUUAAUAGUCAAAGUAUAAAUCAGGAUUUUUAUCUUUGAUGAUGAUCCAUUUUCCUCAAUUUUCAGUGCAAUCAUCGAGUGCCGACUCGAGUACUGCAAAAAAAGAAAAUGUCAUUCUUCCCCAGACAUUUCUUGAACUGUUUAUCCUCCAUCAUGUUUUACGUCGGUGCUAUUGUGUUAAUGCUCAAUGUAUGUAAAUUCCAUUUCCAAGUGUUUCCCGUCAAAAGUGUUGCUUUGUUGUUCAUACUAUAAAUUGUAAAUGUUGUUUAGUUGUCACAUUUAAAACCACUUUUCUUUUUUUUGCAAUGUUAUUUUUACAAUGUGUACUAAUAUAUUACGGUUAUUCUAUAUAUAAAUAUAUUUAAUUACACAAGCCAAUGUGGAUUUCCUUUAUUCCAACUUUUUAUUUGUAUCCUCCCCCCCAUGUGUUGUCAUCGUUUAGAUUGUUGCCAUUAAUUGAAGAAGAAAAUUAUAACUACUGAACAUACCAAGCCGGUAGAACUAAAAGCGAAUUUUCAAAUAAACUCUUGUUACACUGAAAAGUG